AUGAUUUCGUACCUCCGAAAAUAUGGCCCCAACACAAACGGUCUAUUCAACGAGGGCGGUGAUACCCGGGCUGCCAAUCGUCUGUACGACUACUUUGCCAGUCACGUAUUGGACGCAGAGAAGGAGGAUUCUAAGAUUGCGAUAACCAUGCGGACGAUCACGAUGCCGCUUUGGGAGGACUUGGAACAAACCUUGACUGUGGGUGUUACAUUCCAGGCACUUUUGACGGGGCUGCCGGACGGGCUCCUCGGCUCUGUCCACCUGUUCGAGGUUCUUCAAACCAUCUGCACUGCCAACAUAGCUGCGCCUAUCCCAACCACCCCAAGAAUCCAGCUCAUCACCUUUGCCAUCAUUGCAUUGGCCAGCGACAUGCAGCGUGCUUUACUCUGCGCUACUUUUGGGUUAUUGAUCUGGCUUCGCCAAGCAUCGGAUGCGGAUCAGGCUGUUUUGCCUGAAGGGCCCCAGCCCGGGACUCCACUCCGACGAGUGGCGUGUCUGCAAAGUCUAGAUUAUCUUGCACGGGCUUUUGCACCGACUCUGCUUGGAUAUCGGCACCUGCGAGACAACCCCGAGGAGGCCGGGUACUUUGCUAUCGCACGGCUACUGAUGGAAGACUGGCAAGGAGUGAACCGGCAGUUGCGGGAUUGGGCUGCAGGGGUAAAGCAGCAGGAGUGA